AUGGCGGAGACUUUCGUUUGUCCAAGUGAACUUCAUCUGAAAAAAGAACUCAGCGCCGUCCGGAAAGCGCGAUUUCUACGUGACCCUGAAACCUGUUCGUCAUGGAGGUCCCCUUUGGCAUCAAGGUCCAUAAGUGCUUUUUCUGGUUUGAGAAAUGCAGAUGACAUCGAUCUUGAACCCAACUGUGUUUUAACUUCAAGAAUCGGAAGCAGUGCAAAAAAGGUGUACCUUUAUAAUUGGGUUCACCACUCCAGAAAAUCCAGUGAUAGUGGUAUAAAAAUGGACGGGGAGAAUAAGGAGGGUUCUGCUUGGGAUACUCCUGGGGACAGCCCGGUCAAUCCUCGGAAGGUUGAGGACAAGGAUAAUACACUCCUUGAAGAGCCUUUGCCAGAUUCUACUGUCAAGAGGACAAGGCAUGAAAUACCUAUGAGAAAGAGUGUUAGAAAAUUGAGAAGAUCUCCUCUUUUGAAGCAUCGAAAUCUGAGGUGUUCUGCCAGAACAAAGCUGCUCGAUCCCCCAUCAAGCACUUACCGAACUCUAAACUCUUCAGACCACUCUGAGGAUGCCGAAUAUUGCAAUUCUGGAGACAUGCGGCGAUCAACGCAGGAGUUGAUUCGAAAAAAUGGGUAUGUUUCCAGCCCAGCUUCACCUUUGAUUUCAGGGUCUGGUUGUGGAAAUUGGUCAAUUUCAUCCAGAGUUUUGAGAACUGCUGGAAAAGAUGAAUCGUCCAAUUCUGUGACCCCGGUUUCUACUAGCUCCAUAGAUAGAAAUAGGCGCAAGAACCCUAGUUCUGUGGUUUCCUGGGAUGUUACCUCAGUUUCCUAUGACGGGGAGGAGGUGAAGCCGGCGGAACUCUUAAAACGCCGAGGAAGCAGGAUCCCUCGUUCAUCAUCAAAAAGAGUGAAAGAUAGAGGAUGUGGAGGUUGGUACUCUCCAUCACUUUCUGAUACAUUAAAAAGAAAGGGAACUAGCAUUCUCUGUGGAAGUCAAACACUAUAUCAGAAGAGGAAGUCACCUGGAGUUCGCAGAAAAAAGUUUCUCUCAAGGGCAUCUCAUGGUUUACCUCUGCUGACAAAUGGUGUUGACGAGGACCAGUCCUUGAUGGAUACAGCAAGUGAUGAUCUGUCAACUAAUUUGGGGGAACUUGACCUAGAGGCCCUGAGUCGGCUGGACGGAAGGAGAUGGUCAAACUGCAAAAGUCAAGAAGAUUUGGGGAUCCGGUUACCUUCUGGAGGUGAUGGGGAGAUGCCCAGUCAUAGGAGUCUGAGUCAGAAGUAUAGGCCCAGGUCUUUUGAUGAAAUAAUUGGCCAGAAUAUCGUUGUUCAAUCUCUUCAUAAUGCUAUUUUGAAGGGAAGGAUUGCCCCGGCAUAUCUUUUCAAUGGUCCACGUGGCACAGGAAAAACGUCAACUGCAAGGAUUUUCGCAGCAGCAUUAAAUUGUUUAGGUACUGCAGAAAACAAGCCAUGUGGUGCUUGCAGGGAAUGUGCAGAUUUUGCAUCUGGAAAUGGAUUAAACAUUAGAGAAUUAGAUGCUGCAGAUAAGAAAGGCAUUGACAGAAUUAGAAAUCUAUUGAAAAACAUUCACAAAGUGGCAUCUUCAUCCCGUUACAAAGUCUUUAUCAUUGACGAAUGCCAUGUUCUACCCUCCAAGGUUUGGUCAACCUUAAUAAAGUUCCUUGAAGAACCCCCGCUGCAUUCUGUUUUUUUGCUCGUAACGAUUAAUCCAGACAAAUUGCCUCGUGCCAUUUUGUCGAGAUGCCAGAAAUACCUAUUUCCAAAGAUCAAAGAUGCUGACAUAGUGAGGCGUUUGGGAAUGUUGUCAUCUGAAGAAGGUCUUGAUGUUGAAUUGGAUGCACUGGGUUUGAUUGCACUAAAUUCUGAUGGAUCGCUAAGGGAUGCAGAAACAAUUUUAGACCAAUUAAGCUUGCUGGGGAGGAGGAUCACUGCGUCCCUAGUAAAUGAUCUGGUGAGUCUUAAUUAUUUUUCUUCUCUAAUCACUGAAUCUCUCCUUUUCCUUUUCUGCUUCGUCGUAAGUUAUAGUUAACGUUCACUUUUCUCAUGAUUAAUGUUUCUAUUUAUUUAGGUUGGACUUGUCUCAAAUGAGAAGUUACUGGAUCUCCUUGAGAUAGCCAUGUCAUCAGACACAGCUGAAACAGUGAAAAGUUGCAGAGAGUUAUUGGAUUCUGGUGUUGAUCCAAUGGCUUUGAUGUCUCAGUUAGCAGGGGUCAUUAUGGAUAUUAUUGCAGGAAUAUAUAGGAGGCCUGGCACAAAGUCUAAUGAAACAGUUCUCCGUGGACGAAGCUGUAAGAACCUUCUAUCUUGUUGCUGAUAAUCACCGUAAAAUCCUUGAAAAAAAGUAGGCAUGAGUUCAUGACUACCUUUAUUUGUUGACCUUUUUCUCUUUUGUGAACUCCCCGCGUAUUUUGGCAGUAGUAGAAAUGUUGUGGCUAGAAUUUCUUGGAAUGCUUUUUGUUUUAUUCAAGUUGAGUUUUUGGAAAGUAAUGUUUGUGAGAGCAAGCUCAUACUGAUUGCGCCAAUGUUUUUCAUUGAUAGAUUGCACCAAUGUUUCUACGUCCGCAGACAAUGAAAAUAAGAUUAACGUUUUUGUAGCAAUCGCGCCUAGGGUGCAUGGUUUAAACCCUCAUCUUGGGCGGUGGUGUAUUCCAGUCGCUAAUAUGCUCUUUUGUCCUGUUUGUUCAUAAAUGUCUCAUACUGGCCAUUGAGUGAAACCCUUCUAUCUGCACAUUGCUACGCCCUACUUUUUUGCAGAAUUUAUGGUUAAGAUUUAGAAAUAAGACACCGUAUUGACAUCAGUAUCUGUCACAUGAUUAAAUUUCCUGGAGGGUCGAAGAUAAAUAGAUGAAUUUGAGGACGUCAGACUGAUCAUUGUCACUUUUCAAGACACAUUACUUAUAGAGCUGAAACUUUUGUCUACUUUAUCUGCUUGCUUUAACCUGCCAAGUCCAAUAAAUGGUAAUUUAAUUUCAGGAACUCGUAUUUUGACACUUCGUCUUUAAUCAUUUAAUGUCUGGUAACAAUUAUAGAUAUUUCUGUCUUUUUCCUUCUAGUAUUACUUUUUUCCUCAUUCUCUGCACUCCAAUUUGUUGAACUCUGAGUGUCAGUGUUAUUGCCCAACUGGAGAUAUAUACUCUGCGAAAAAUGUCAGAAAUAUGCUUAUUCGAUGAUUAAUUUUAGAGCUAUUUUAUUGUCAGAGAAUCACAUCAUUGAUUCUCUGCAAUCAUAGUUAUAGCCUUAUGCUUGUGAUCUUGCCACCUGAUUUGCUGCAAUUGCUCUUUCUUCAGUGACUAAUGCUGAAGUAAAUAGACUGCAACAAGCACUCAGGAUUCUGUCAGACGCUGAGAAGCAACUGAGAUUGUCAAGUGAACGUUCAACAUGGUUCACAGCAGCACUUUUACAACUUGGAUGUGGCCAUUCCCCUGAAGUUGAUCAUACAAGUGGCAGUAGCAGACACAGUCUACCAAAAACAAAAGCAAGCAGUAGUGAGAGGGUGAGAGGCACUCCAGCCGUUAAGACGUCUGAUGUUCUACAGCAAGAUAAACCGUCUUGUUCGGUUUAUACUCCAAGCAUGAUGAACGCCCAUUGUAGUCCCUAUCCCAAUCCAUCAUGUAGCAGGCCUGUAGGUGAGAAAAUUCGUGAUUUACUGCCUACUUGCAGUAAUUCGGGUGAUGGUAGAUUUGUGCGGACAACCUGCAAAGAUAAGGAUAAUGGUGAGAGUUUCUUCACUAAGAUUUGCCCUGAGAAGUUGGAUGAGAUUUGGCGAGUGUGCAUUGAGAAAUGCCAUUCAAAGACGUUGCGGCAAUUGCUCUCUGCUCAUGGACAGCUUUUAUCUAUUUCUGAAGCAGAAGGUAUGUUCGUUCGAGGUGUUUAUACUCGUUACCAGUCUUCCUGACCAUUUAAGGUUUAAUUUCAUUGACGGUUUGAUAUGAUAGUGCAAUGGCUCCCUUCGUUCUCCUUUUUGCACCAUAAUCAAUAUGACAUCUGACAAAUGAUAAAUGCGAAACCCUUAUAAAGUUGUCAUGUUCACUGUGACUUUGAGUGACAACAGCUUGAUCUAACUCGCACAUCUUUUCCAUGAAGAUAUUGUAUGAUUGUACGGUGCAUCUAUUUGUGGGGCUAAUCAAUACCUCGUCUGUGAUCAACAUAGUCGACUCCUUAAUUUUGUAUUUAGACUCAUUCCUUUCAACCUGACAAUUCUAGAAGAUUUUGUGGGUGCAUGAAGUGGCUUCUGAACUUUUCUCAAAGGACGUUUAAUUUUCUUGAUUUAUUGACAAAUUGCGACUGUUCUGUGGGUUUGAUUUUUCUUAUAGAGAUGAAUGAGCGGUAAAAACUCGUUGCUCGGGCCAUUUUUCUGCCAAAGAUUAAUUUUGGAUGUUUACAUGCGAUGGAUUGGUGGUGGUACUACUUGGCCCUAAGAAUCCAGUUUGAAACUUGCUGCAGGUGUUAUGGUUGUUUCUUUAGCCUUUGACGAUGAGGGUAUAAAAAACAGAGCUGAAGGAUAUCUGAGCAGUAUCACAAAUUCGAUGGAGAUGGUCCUCAGGCAACAUGUCAGAGUGGGAAUACGAUGUGUUCCUGGUAAUUUUAUGGGCAGCGUCCCUCUUUUUGCAGACUCAACUGGGGAGCAAUCGAAAACUGGCUUGCGGGCUGAAGAAAGAAGGUCAACGGAUGACUCGGAUGUUUAUGCAGCAAAAGAUUUGCGUGAGGAAUUUAUCUGCGCACCCAGGAAAAGCGCCGACAAUGCUGAGACUAGGUUGCGAAGAAGAACACCAGACAUCUGUGAAGGCUAUGAAGUGCCAAAUGCGACCGUAAACGCUGCAGGUUUACUGCUCUUUUCUUCCAGAGAAAACGGUAAACGCUCAUGCAAAGAAGAGACGAAGGAGGAGAUGGCGUUGAGAACGAGGCAAAAAUCAGGUUUUGAUGAACAAAGGUUGGAGAGUGUGUGGGCUCAAACCAUGGAGAAGACUACUCCUGGUUCAGAGAAACCUGUGAGGAACCAGAUUCUACCACAGAAUGUCAGAAGCCGCCAGCAUUGGGGUGAGUCAAUGCUGGCGCUGCCCAUAUCAUCCAAGCAUUGGGAGGACGAGUUGAACCAGGAAAUUAAAGCCCUGAAAAUCAGUGAUGCGCACCAUCACCUCAAGGAACCGCUGAGUGGUAGGGCUGGCGCCAUUUCUCCAAGCGUAUUUCACAAGGUCGGUUUCCCAGGAGGCGUUGACAGAGAAAGCCGGUGAGUUAUUCUUUCUUCCUCUCGUCUCUUUGCAAAUGAUGGUGGCAGAAUGUGGGGUGCAGAGUCUUCAAAUAGUGAGGAUCGUGCAUUUUAUCAUUAACCUUUUUGGUGCGCAGGCCGCUAGUUGCUCGAACCAGAAUGGAAAAAUGAUCGUAUUCUUUGAUACUCUAACUCACCCUCAGCGGUUAAAACGUUUUUAAAAUGUGUGGGCAGAGAGCGAGGAUCGGGAUCGGGCUGCAGUGGCCUUCUUUGCUGGAAGACUGGAAAGGUAGGGGAGCUUGGUUCUGGCGAUUAUUUCUAUUUUUUGCUCAACGGGUUUGAGAGCUCUCAUCUGCGAAUUCCCCAGCACCAGGUGACGGCGCAGAUGGCCCUCGAGGGGUCGCGAAAGAGUCGGCGUUUGCUGCGGUUCGGCCCGUGUCUGAGGUCGAAGAACACGGAGAGCAGCAGCUGCGGCAGAGCAUGA